CAAUUGACAAGUGCAGUUUAACAACAAUGGAAGUGGGAAUUCUUAACUACCUCAUUCCGUUGAACCUAGAUCCGCAACGGCCCCGGAAUUCCCGCCGUGUCCCCUCUUUCCGGCGCUAUGUUACCGUUAAAGCUUCUCUCAACAAUUCUCAGCUUCGGCGUGAGAAUUUGAAGGGAGGAAGUUUCAGAGGGCCGGAGCCGAAGAGGGAAUGGGUGGCGGAUUGGGUAUCCAACAACGACAGUUUCGUCCGGAGCUUGCCGAUAUACGUCGGAGCGCUCUCCUUAUUGGCCGUUCUCGUCAACCGCGCCGUCUCCGGCAUCGCUCCGGUCGCUGACGCCGGCAGUUCACAAUCUAGAGCAGAUCUAUUAACACUUGGAUUAGCUGUUACCAACAUCUUGAACGGUCUGGUGUGGCUUUCAAUCAAACCGAAAUCUAUAUCUGUUGUAGAUCCUAUAGGUGUGGACUGCCAAAGAAUUGCUUCUGAUCUUCCUGAAUUUGUAAUUUCUGAAUUGUUCUGGACAUGGGAUUCUCUAUCAAAUGCAACACGCUGCAGGUCUCUGGUUAUUGUUUAUGAUAGCAAAUGUAUCCUUCAAAUUGGAGUUGCUGCUGUUUCUUCAUCUGAUGAUGCAGUCCUUGUAGAUGCUAAUAAAUUGAUGCAAGGAUCACUUUAUCAAGAUGUUACAAAAUCUGGAUCACAGAGGUAUUUGGCCAACUUAUCUCUUUAUCCUGGGAAGUCAGAGUUACCCUUUUUGCCUUUAAAUACGCAGGCAGUAAUUUUGCAACCUAUUGGAGACAAAGGAAUUGCCAUAAUUGGUGGUGAUACAGUCAGAGGAUUUACGACUUCUGAUCAGGCAUGGAUCACUUUGAUUGGGGAGAAAUUAGAUGCUACAUUAACAAAAGUUGUGAGUGACAUCCCUGCUGGCGGUGUAAGAUAGUAUUCUGUAUCUCAAAUUGGUCUUUAUUGAAGGUAAUUUAUAGCUGCCACUUAAGUCCAUAUCAAACAAGCUGUGUGACAGUUUGGAGAAUUAUUGCAUCAACUAGGAACUCUGAUCUUCGAGUGUUCCAUAGUACGGAUUACUAGAUCUUGCUAUGAAAAUGAGGAGCGUGUAUCGUGUAUGCACGAGAAGUUUGGAUGAUGUGCUUUAAGUUGAAGCUGGAAAAGUAUUCUUGAAUCCCAGCCCAAACAGAAAUGAAGAAGCAUCUUUCAUGCUCUUUAUGAUUACUCUUUUUGGUGAUUUUUAAUUUCAGAUACAUUUGAUAGAACAAUACAAAGCUUUGCAAAGGGGUUUUAGUAGUUAAGGAUUUCUUACUGCUCCCGCAUUUCAUCAAAGGAUUUAUGAAUAGAUUUUCAUUUGUUCCUA